AUGGCCGAGAAAAUAUCAUUUCUUCUCUUUGGAGAACAGUCUCUGGACACACAGGGGUUUCUUGCAGACUUUUGCCGUAAUGGAAAUCCAAGUAUUCUUUCACAUGCUUUCCUCAAUCGCGUUGCUUCUACUCUUCAAAAUGAGAUCGAACGUCUCCCAUCUCUAGAACGUCGACACAUACCAUCUUUCACUACAAUCCAAGAACUUAGUCAGAGAUAUCAUACCAGGGAUGUUACACAUCCUGCAAUAGACAGUGCUCUUCUUGUUACUACACAACUCGCUCACUAUAUCGAUCGAGCAGAAAAGGUUCCGGAAGAUGCUACAAGACCACAGGAAACAUGGACAGUUGGCCUCUGCACCGGGCUUAUUGCCGCCGUUGCGGUUUCCAUUGCACCAUCUCUCUCGGCUCUUGUAAACAUUGGCGCCGAAUUUGUACUUUUGGCCUUCCGAACAGGACGACAUGUUUCUGCUCUUGCAGAGCACAUACAUGAAUCUGGCGAUGCGGCCAAGAGCUGGACUUAUGUUGUUCCGGGACUUAAUGAACCAGCUGGAAGGUCCCUACUUGCUGAUUUUAACGAGUCGAAGGGCUACACAACGACCAGUCAAGCAUAUAUCAGCGCCAUCACUUCAACGAGCAUAGCUUUUAGCGGUCCACCACCCACGUUGAAGGCGCUUGUCGAUGAGCAUGAGUUCAAAGAUGGGCCACUACCACUGCCUAUCUAUGGGCCGUACCACGCAUCACAUCUCUAUUCCGCCGCUGAAAUUGAGGCAGUUUUGCGACUUAACGAUUCUAACCUAAGCGAAGUUCUCAAAAAUGCAUCUCGACGAUUCCCUGUCAUUUCAUGCUCAACAGGGCAGUGGCUUGCGGAAAAAGAUCCUAAAAAGCUUAUCACAGCAGUUAUUCGAGACAUUCUUCUGGAGCCACUAAAUUUUCAGCGGGUCUUAGCAAGCUGUGUGACGCAAGCAAAUAAUUAUAGAAGCUCAUCGUGUCUCGUUAUACCGUUCGGUCCAACGCAAGCUGCUAGUAGCCUAGUACAACAACUCAAGAAUGAAACAGGUCUUGAGGUUCAUCUGCGCCGCGCACCGCAUUCAAAAAAGGAUCGUAUGGCACCUCACACAGGAGACCAUGGUUCGUCAAAGCGGUGUAAACUUGCUAUUGUCGGUAUGGCAGGCCGUUUCCCCGAUGCUGCAACGCAUGAGAAGCUAUGGGAACUGCUCGAAAAGGGACUCGCUUUACACAGAGAGGUACCGGCAGAUCGAUUUGAUAUGAAGACUCACUGUGACCCUUCUGGAAAGGUUAUGAACACGAGUCAUACGUCUUAUGGAGCCUGGAUUGAGAAUCCAGGUCUAUUUGAUCCUCGCUUCUUCAAUAUGUCGCCAAGAGAAGCGCAUCAAACAGAUCCGAUGCAACGCAUGGCUAUUACUACCGCUUAUGAGGCCUUGGAAAUGUCUGGCUAUGUGCCAAACAGAACUCGCUCCACAAAGCUCGACAGAGUUGGUACAUUUUAUGGACAGACCAGUGAUGAUUGGCGUGAAAUCAAUGCAGCGCAGGAGGUUGACACAUACUUCAUUACAGGUGGCGUCCGCGCAUUUGGACCUGGACGUAUCAACUAUCAUUUCGGCUUUAGUGGGCCAAGUUUCAGUAUCGACACCGCCUGCUCUUCCAGUAUGGCGGCUAUGCAACUCGCUUGUACGUCGCUGUGGGCCAAGGACUGCGAUACUGCUGUUGUUGGAGGCCUGAGUUGUAUGACCAACUCUGACAUUUUCGCCGGCCUCAGCAGAGGACAGUUCUUGUCAAAGAAUGGGCCAUGUGCCACCUUCGAUAACGACGCCGACGGAUAUUGUCGCGCCGAUGCUUGUGCUACUGUCAUCGUCAAGAGACUCGAGGAUGCUAUUGCAGAUAAGGACAAUGUUCUCGGUGUCAUUCUUGGCACGGCCACGAAUCAUUCGGCAGAUGCAGUGUCAAUCACUCAUCCCCAUGCCGGAACUCAAGAGAUUCUAUAUCGCAAUAUCCUAAAUAUGGCUGGUGUUGAUCCAUUGGAUGUAGACUAUGUGGAAAUGCAUGGCACUGGCACUCAAGCCGGCGAUGCCACUGAGAUGAAGUCAGUCACAAAUGUCUUCGCUCCUGCAGACCAGAAGAGAAGCGCAGAGCAAUCGCUAUAUCUCGGUUCAGUCAAGGCAAAUGUGGGCCAUGGAGAAGCGGCAUCUGGAGUUACAGCACUUAUCAAAGUUCUCAUGAUGCUGCAGAAGAAUACCGUGCCUCCACACGUUGGCAUCAAGAAGACGAUCAAUAGAACGUUCCCAAAAGAUUUGGCAGAGAGGAAUGUACAUAUUGCUUAUCAUUCCACUCCUCUACUUAAGAAAGCUGGCCAACCACGACGUGUUUUUGUCAACAACUUCAGUGCUGCUGGUGGAAACUCUGGGCUGUUGCUCGAGGACGGUCCUGCUACGAAGACGCUUUUGACAGAUAACCGAUCAGCGCAUAUGGUAUCGAUAACUGCGAAAUCAAAAUCUGCCGUGAUAAAGAACGCUGAGCGCUUGAUGUAUUACAUCGAACAACACCCGGAGGCAUCGCUCGCGGAUAUCUCGUAUACGACUACUGCCCGUCGAAUUCAACACAACUGGCGGAUAUCAGUCACAGGAUUCAAUAUUACUCAGGUCAGAGAAUUCAUCAAGCACAAGUUGACUGAAGACAUUACGCCAAUUCCUCUGACCACCCAAGAGAUUGUCUUUGUGUUUACUGGACAAGGGUCGCACUAUGCUGCUCUUGGCAAGGAGCUCUUUGAGAGUUCAUCGUUGUUCAAGGAGACCAUGCUCGAGUUCAACAACAUUGCCGCCAUGUAUUGCUUACCCUCGUUUUUACCACUUAUAGAUGGUUCUGCUGCUGCCGUGGAAGAUUUAUCACCAGUUGUUGUACAGCUUGGUUUGUUGUGCUUCGAGAUGGCAAUGGCCCGAUUGUGGGCUUCUUGGGGUAUCAAUCCAAGCGUUGUCAUCGGACACAGUCUUGGCGAAUACGCAGCUCUCAAUGUAGCUGGCAUUAUCUCAGCCAGUGAUGCAAUCUACCUUAUCGGUAAGAGGGCACAGCUUCUCAUGGAGAAGUGCACAGUUAGCAGUCAUGGCUUGCUUGCUGUCAAGGCUUCAGUCUUGUCGAUCAGAGAAUCUGUGGACGAGGCAAGCAUUAAUAUUGCAUGCAUCAAUGGGCCAGAAGAGACAGUACUCAGUGGAGAUACAGCACUGAUUUAUGUCAUCUCGGAACGCCUUACUGCAGCUGGUUUUAAAUGCAUGCAGCUCAAAGUACCUUUCGCCUUCCACUCUGCCCAGGUUGAUCCAAUCCUCGACAAGUUUGAGAAGUUGGCGGCUUCAGUUCAGUUUCACGCUCCAACAGCUCCGAUCGUCUCAACGCUACUUGGAAGGCAACUUAGAGAAGGAGAAACUGUGAAUGCGUCCUAUCUGCGACGACAUGCUCGUGAGCCAGUAAACUUUUUGGACGGUAUAAACUCAAUUCGGUCAGCUGGGCUGAUCAAUGAGAAGACCCUAUUUUUGGAAGUUGGCCCUCAUCCGGUUUGCAUAGGCAUGGUGAAGUCAACGCUUGGGAAGGAGACUGUGGCAGUUUCUUCCCUGAGGAGGACUGAGAGCGCUUAUAAAACGCUCAGCGACAGUCUUUCCACUCUUCACACAGCAGGCUUCAAUAUUGACUGGAAUGAAUAUCAUCGAGAUCACCUGGAUUGUGUCCAGCUUUUGGAUUUGCCGACAUAUGCCUUCGAUGAGAAGAACUACUGGAUUCAGUAUACUGGAGACUGGUGUCUGACGAAAGGAAGAGCCAGUGAUAGUCAAGUUGCCUCUUGCCAAGAUUCGAAACCCAAGAUUUCUACUACAACCGUACAUAAGGUUGUUGAGGAUUUGGUUGACGGCGAUGUGGCGACUGUCUCCACCGAGUCCGAUCUGGCAAGAGCUGACCUUCGCUCUGCCGUCAUGGGACAUUUAGUUAAUGGCGCAGGUCUUUGUCCAUCAUCAAUCUAUGCUGACAUGGCCAUGACAGUGUGCGAGUAUGGAUAUAAGCUUGUGCGCCCGGAUGUUGAGAAUAUCGGCAUCAACGUUGCAAGCAUGGAAGUAAUCAAGCCACUCAUUGCACGACCAGACGGCGCGAGUCAAAUUCUCAAGCUAACUGCCUAUAUUGAUGCUUCUCGCAGCUCUGCGAAACUCAUCUUCUCGAGCGGAUCAGAUAAGGCUCGCGUCGACCAUGCUCACUGCGUUGUCUCAUUCGGUGAUUGUGCUGCUUGGCUAUCGGAAUGGGAGCGAGUAGCUUACCUGAUCCAACAUCGAGUCGACUGGCUCAAGAAUGCCGAGAAAAACGGCAAAGCUAGUAAGAUAGGUCGUGGCCUUGCAUACAAGCUCUUCUCUGCGUUGGUUGAUUACGAUGCAAAGUAUCGCGGUAUGGAAGAAGUUAUUCUCUGCAGUGAGAACAUGGAAGCAACGUCGCAUAUCUCCUUCCAGACUAAACCUACAGAUGGUACUUUCGUAUGCAGUCCAUACUGGAUUGAUAGCGUGGCACAUAUCUCCGGCUUUAUUGUAAACGGGAGCGAUGCUGUCGAUUCAGGAAAUCAAGUCUACGUGUCUCAUGGUUGGGACUCUCUUCGCAUCGCGGAACCAUUUUCUGCCGAAAAAACUUACCGUUCAUACGUCAAAAUGCAACCAGCUGGCGGAAAGAUGCUUGCUGGUGACGUCUAUGUCUUUGAUGGCAGUAGAAUUGUUGCCGUCGUUGGCGGUCUAAAGUUCCAGUGCAUCUUACGCACUGUGCUAAAUACUUUGCUCCCACCAGUCGGUGUUACGGCUCCUCCAGCCCAAGCUCCAGUAGCUGAGCCAUCACCAGCUGUAGCAAUACCGACCACAUCUACGUUACACAAGACAACCACGACUACUACGAAAAUCAAGACUGCGCAAGACAGCACAACGAGCCUGGAGCCUGCCAGUAAGAAGUUUGUGACUAUCUGUUCGCAAACAAUGGACAUCGUGGCAAAAGAAGUAGGCGUUGGCAUGGAUGAGCUCGUUGAUAAUAUCACAUUUGCGGAUCUCGGAGUCGACUCUCUUAUGUCGCUGACAAUAGGCGGCACAGUUCGAGAAAAGCUCGAGAUCGAGUUGCCCUCGUCAAUCUUCCUCGAAUGCCCGACAAUCGGGCAGUUCAAGAGCUUUCUGGCCAGGUUUGAAAGAGCAGACAGCGAGAUUUCUGAAGACACGGAAGAUUCUAUCUUAUAUACUAAUACUGAUGACUCCACACCUAAUAGUGAUAGCUCCACACCUAAUUUUGGGGAGAUGUCUCCCUUGUCAACUCCAGCAGAUGAUUCGGAUUUGGAAUUGAGCAAGGAUGAUCAACUCUGUGAGAUUAUUCAAAAUACUAUCGCAGUCGAAGUUGGUGUCACAACGCAAGAAGUCGCCCAUGCACUAGAUCUCGCCCUUCUUGGUGUUGAUUCUCUUAUGGCUCUUUUGAUUCUUGGGAAGUUGAGAGAGAAGACUGACCUAUCUCUGCCGGCUGAUCUUUUCGUCACCUGCGCAUCCAUUAAAGACAUUGAGCGCAAGCUUGGAAUUGGCCAGCCACCCAAACCUGUCCGCAUUCCUGCCAGAUCUUUUCCAAAGCUAUUACCCCGACCAAUAUCCACAGAAACAGUUUCUCCCAAAGAAACUGGACACCAAGUCACCAAUAUCACGCCAGAGCGCUUCGCAACGUCUGUGCUUCUUCAAGGAAAGAUUCGCACCGCCACCUCGCAUCUCUGGAUGGUUCCUGACGGCUCCGGCUCAGCAACCUCUUACGCUGACAUCCCAGAGAUUUCACCAGGGCUAGCCAUGUGGGGUCUCAAUUCGCCAUACAUGAAGACAAGUGAGGAAUUCACCUGUGGCGUUCCUGGGAUAGCUGCAAAGUACAUUCAGGAGGUCAAGCGUCGCCAGCCAGUUGGGCCAUAUUUGCUGGCUGGCUGGUCGGCCGGGGGGGUCAUUGCUUUCGAGAUGUCGAAUCAGUUGGUGAAGGCGGGCGAUAGAGUCAGUCAUCUGAUCAUGAUUGAUGCGCCAUGCCCUCUGAUCAUCGAAGCAUUACCAACCUCACUCCAUCGCUGGUUCGCAUCCAUCGGACUGCUCGGCGAUGGCGACCCGAAUAAACUCCCUUCCUGGCUUCUUCCCCACUUCGCUGCCUCAGUCGCGGCUUUAUCAACAUACGACGCCGUUAGUAUCCCCAAAGACAAGGCGCCCUCGGUUACGGCUAUCUGGUGCGAAGACGGUGUGUGUAAGAACGAGAGCGACCCGAGACCCGAUCCAUAUCCAGAAGGACACGCGCUGUUUCUGCUAGAUAACAGGAGCGAUUUUGGGCCGAACCUAUGGGAUUCUCUUCUUCCGGCGGAGAAGAUUAGAUGUGUGCGUAUGCCAGGGAAUCAUUUCUCGAUGAUGGGAGGAGACUUGGUGAAGAAACUUGGGAAUAAAAUCAGAGAGGCCGUUGCGAUGGCUUGAAUAUAAUGCUCCACUGAUAUAUAGCUAUGAAGGAUGCCCUCCUUAAGAGAGCAUCUAAAGUCUUAUUAAUUACAAUGUACGAUCACUAUUUAGA